CCUCACCAGUGGAGUUAACAUCGAAUCUCAGGUCGCGUAGGUACGCACCGUUAUGGCUGAGCUUUUCAUCAUCGGACAACUGUGUAGCGCCGAGCGGUUUCCUUCCAAGAGUUUAUUUUGCAAAUGGAGCAUUCAUGCCGGUACUAACUGGAAAAUAAUAUCCGGUCACAAAGAAGGACAAACCCAAGUAGAUUCGCCGGCUUACGAUAAUCGCACCUGGUGGUGUCACCCGAUUGACAUUCACUUCGCGUCCAAAGGAAUACAGGGCUGGCCUAAAUUUCACGUGCAAAUCUACCAUUACGACAGUUACGGACGUAGCGAGAUUUACGGAUACGGAUUUUGUUACGUGCCUACUACACCGGGAAAACACACUGUAGAUUGCCACACUUGGCGGCCGAUCGGUAAUCUUAGGGACGAGUUCCGACGGUUCUUUCUCGGUGGCGGCGCCCAGCUGAAAUCGCCGGAUUUCGUAUACUGUGGCACGGACCGGUAUCGGUUACACACCGAGUCAUUGGGAACGGUGCGUUUCCGGUUGAACGUGAUUGCCCGGAAUUUUCGACGGUACGGAGUGGAACUGUAA